AAUAAAUCCUCCAUCGCUGCGUCCCAAAUCCGAUAUUUCUUCUCAUUUUGCUUCUUUUUUUUUCCGAUUAAAUUAGCGCAGGAAUCGCGGUUUUCGAUCUCCGAUCUAUCGCUCGGUGGCCUCGCUUCUCGCCGGAGGGAUUUGGGUGAAGGACGGAGGCGUGAGGAUGUCGUCUCUUAGCAGGGAGCUGGUGUUUCUUAUAUUGCAGUUUCUAGAUGAGGAGAAGUUCAAGGAGACUGUUCACAAACUUGAGCAGGAGUCUGGGUUUUACUUCAAUAUGAAGUAUUUUGAGGAUGAGGUGCACAAUGGGAACUGGGAUGAGGUUGAGCGGUACCUCUCUGGCUUCACCAAGGUGGAUGAUAAUCGGUAUUCCAUGAAAAUUUUCUUUGAGAUUCGGAAGCAGAAGUAUCUUGAGGCAUUGGACAAGCGUGACCGUGCAAAGGCCGUUGAUGUGCUCGUGAAGGAUUUGAAAGUCUUUUCUACAUUUAAUGAAGAGCUUUUUAAAGAAAUUACACAGCUUUUGACAUUAGAGAAUUUCAGAGAAAAUGAGCAGCUCUCAAAAUAUGGUGAUACAAAAUCAGCAAGAGCAAUUAUGCUGGUUGAGCUUAAGAAGCUAAUUGAAGCAAAUCCUUUGUUCCGUGACAAGUUGCUGUUUCCCAGUCUGAAGAAUUCAAGGUUACGCACUCUUAUCAAUCAAAGCUUGAACUGGCAGCACCAACUUUGUAAAAACCCGAGGCCGAACCCUGACAUAAAAACCCUUUUUGUUGAUCAUUCAUGUGGACAACCAAAUGGUCCACACACCCCCUCACCAGCAAAUAAUCCAUUAAUUGGAUCCAUACCCAAAUCAGGAGGUUUCCCUCCAUUGGGCGCCCAUGGGCCUUUUCAACCUGCACAAGCACCAGUUCCUACUCCACUCGCUAGUUGGAUGUCUAACCCACCAGCUGUAGCACACCCAUCAGUGUCUGGUGGAGCUAUUGGACUCACUGCUCCUACAAAUCCUGUUGCAAUUUUGAAGCAUCCUAGGACUCCCCCAACUAGUAACCCUUCGAUAGAUUACCCAUCAGCUGAGUCUGAUCAUGUAUCCAAAAGAACAAGACCUGAUGAGGUAAAUAUGCAAGUAAAUAUUCUUCCAGUUACCUAUCCUCAAAGCCACAGUCAAGCUAUGGUCACUCCAGAUGACCUACCAAAGACUGUUGCUAGAGCACUUAUCCAGGGAUCAGCACCGAUGAGCAUGGAUUUUCAUCCCAUUCAACAAACUAUUCUCCUUGUUGGUACAAAUGCUGGUGAUAUUGGAUUAUGGGAUGUUGGACUGAGGGAGAGAUUAGUCUUGAAGAAUUUCAAGCUUUGGGAAUUUGGAACAUGUCCUGUGUCCCUGCAGGCCGCUCUAGUUAAAGAUCCUGGUGUUUCAGUUAACCGUAUACUGUGGAGUCCGGAUGGUUCCUUGUUUGGUGUUGCAUACUCCAAGCAUAUUGUGCAAUUAUAUUCUUAUCAUGGUGGUGAUGAUGUUAGGCAGCAUUUGCAGAUUGAUGCUCAUGUUGGUGGUGUUAAUGAUCUGGCAUUCUCUCAUCCCAAUAAACAACUGUGUGUAAUCACCUGUGGAGAUGACAAGAUGAUUAAGGUGUGGGAUGCAAGUAGUGGCACCAAACAAUAUACUUUUGAAGGUCAUGACGCACCUGUUUAUUCAGUUUGUCCCCAUUACAAGGAGAAUAUCCAGUUCAUCUUUUCAACUGCGUUGGAUGGAAAGAUAAAGGCAUGGUUGUAUGAUAAUGUGGGAUCCAGAAUUGAUUAUGAUGCCCCGGGUCACUGGUGCACUACAAUGGCUUAUAGUGCUGAUGGAUCUAGGCUCUUUUCCUGUGGGACCAGCAAGGAUGGAGAAUCUUCCAUUGUGGAAUGGAAUGAAAGUGAAGGUGCGGUAAAAAGAACAUAUCAAGGAUUUCGUAAACGAUCAAUGGGUGUCGUGCAAUUUGAUACCACUAGAAACCGGUUUUUGGCUGCUGGUGAUGAGGGUUUGAUAAAAUUCUGGGAUAUGGAUAAUACCAAUUUGCUGACAACAAUUGAUGCUGAGGGUGGCCUGCCAGCAAGUCCACGAAUACGCUUCAACAAGGAGGGUACAUUGCUUGCUGUUUCUACAGUUGAUAAUGGGAUUAAAAUCUUAGCAAAUUCUGAUGGGAUUAGGUUGCUGAGGACUCUUGAAAGCCGUUCUUUUGACGCCUCUAGAAGUGUUUCAGAGAAUUUGGCAAAGCCUGUGAUAAGCCCGUUAUCAACUGUUGCUGUUGCAACCAGUUCCGGAAUACUAGAUAGAGUUGUUCCUCCUGUAGUUGUUACUGGAAUGGAUGGAGACAGCAGAAACUUGGGAGAUGUAAAAAGUCGAAUAGCUGAUGAAGCAAUGGAGAAAUCAAAAAUUUGGAAGCUCACAGAAAUUAAUGAACCAGCUCAAUGUCGAUCCUUGAGGCUCUUUGAUAACAUGAAAACAAGCAAGAUAUCGAGGCUAAUUUAUACAAAUUCUGGAAUUGCCAUCUUGGCCUUGGCAUCCAAUGCUACACAUCUUCUAUGGAAGUGGCCACGAAAUGAACGCCAUCUGAGUGGAAAGGCAACAGCAAGUGUUGUUCCUCAAUUAUGGCAACCUUCAAGUGGUAUAAUAAUGACCAAUGAAAUAACUGACAUAAAUCCUGAGGAAGCAGUUCCUUGCUUUGCUUUGUCGAAGAAUGACUCUUACGUCAUGUCUGCAUCUGGUGGAAAAAUUUCUCUCUUUAACAUGAUGACUUUUAAGACCAUGACAACAUUCAUGCCUCCGCCACCGGCGGCAACAUUUCUUGCAUUUCAUCCUCAGGAUAAUAAUAUAAUAGCUAUUGGAAUGGAUGACUCGACGAUCCAAAUUUAUAAUGUUCGAGUAGAUGAGGUCAAGAGUAAACUUAGGGGCCACACAAAAAGAAUCACUGGUCUUGCCUUCUCAAACACGCUGAAUGUGUUGGUUUCAUCUGGAGCUGAUGCUCAGAUAUGUGUGUGGGGGACUGAUGGGUGGGAGAAGUUAAGAAGUAAAUUUCUGCAAAUUCCACCUGGCCGCAAUCCAAAUGUAGUUUCGGAUACCCGUGUCCAGUUUCAUCAGGAUCAGAUACACUUCCUAGCUGUCCACGAGACACAGAUUGCUCUAUAUGACACUAACAAGCUGGAGUGUGUAAAGCAAUGGAUGCCUCGUGAAUCUUCGGCGCCUAUUUCCCAUGCCACAUUCUCAUGUGACAGUCAGUUGAUUUAUGUCAGCUUUCUCGAUGCUACUGUCUAUGUAUUUAGUGCUGCCAACCUUAAACUACGCUGUCGGAUCAAUCCUACUGCAUAUCUUCCGGCUAAUAUCAGUUCGACAGUGCAUCCACUCGUCAUCGCUGCUCAUCCAUCGGAACCAAACCAAUUUGCAUUAGGACUGACAGACGGCGGUGUCCAUGUAUUGGAGCCUCUAGAAUCCGAAGGCAAAUGGGGAGUUGUACCACCCACCGAAAACGGGUCUGCAUGCAGCAUGUCCUCAGCACCUCCCGCCGGAGCCUCAGGUUCAGAUCAACAGCAGAGGUGACGGAAGACGAUCUUAUAUCUGUCUUAUUAAUCUUUCGCCUUCCAUGUUAAGAAGUUGCUAACUAGGGCAUGCUUGCAAGCUGCAUUUUUCUUCAAAAGGCUGCAGCAUUGUUUGUACUGUUGUCUGUAUGAAA